CUGAACACAAAAGGUGAAGAAAACAAAAACUGUGAAAGAGUUUGUGAUAAAGUGAUGAAUAGAGAUAACCAUCACACCCAAGCUGUAGGUGACUCUACUUCAGAAUUGGCGCAGAAAAAUAUGGCUGCACAAAACAUAUCAAAUGAAGCUGUAACUAAUCAACUGUUACCGGAAUUCACUGAGAAAAUCCUCAACUUGGCAGAUCAGAACAGAUUGCGUCUGCCGUAUGACUUGAAAACACCGGGCUACACAGGUUCCAUGCCAGAGUCUCCAAUGAAAAUCCAACCACAGAAAAAAGAACUGCAAUUUUCAGACCCAAUGGUUACUACAUACCAAAUUGCCAAUAGAUGGCGAAGCAGUAUAUGAUUAUUCGAAGAAUCACUGAGGAUCCAUUUGGAACUGUAACUAUAUUUUUAUUUGUAAAAUUAUAAACUGAAAAAUAAAAAAUAA